AUGAACGUUUCCAAGCAAUUACUUGCUCUCUUGCUCGUCGCCUUGUUCGCAACUAUUGCAGUCUCUGCUCAAGUUACUGAACAAGCUGAUCAAGAAUUGUCAAUUUUCUUCAAGAAUUUCUUGAAACAACAACCAGCUGUUGUUGAAGAACAAGCUGAUUUGGUUCUUUCCCCUGCUCUCAUCAAGAGAUUGAUUCGUACUCCUGCUAACUACAUUUUGACUGAUGAAGAAUUGGCUGACAAGUCAUUCUGGAAGAAGGCUUUGAAGGUUGUCGGUGAAAUUGGAAAGGCUGCCAUCAAGGAUUACGUCAACAAGAACUGGGAUGAAAUUCCAGAAGAAGAAGCUGAUCUCAAAUUGGGUAAAUUGUUCAAGGCUGUUCUCCCAUACUUGAAGGAAGGUGCUAAACAAUAUAUUAAUAACAACUGGGAUGCUGAAGAAAUGGCUGACAAGAAGUGGUCUGAAGUCAUCAAGACCAUUUUGCCAUACAUCAAGGCUGGUGUUAAGAACUACAUUGCUAACAAUUUCGACGAAGAAGCUGAUAAAAAGUUUUUCAGUUCAAUCUGGAAGGUUGUUAAGGAUAUCGGAAAGAAUGCUGCCAAGGAUUAUGUCAAUCAAAACUGGGAUGAAGAAAUGGAAUUGUCUGACAAAUUCUGGGGUAAGGUCUGGAAGGUUGUUAAGGAUAUCGGAAAGGGUGCUGUCAAGUCAUAUGUCAACCAAAACUUUGACUCUGCUGCUGAUGCUCAAAAGCUCAAGUUAGGUAAGAUCUGGAAGAAGGUUUUGCCAUACAUCAAGUCUGGUGUUAAGGAAUAUAUUAACAACAACUGGGACCAAAAUGAAGAAAUGUCUGACCUCAAGCUCGGUAAGAUCUUCAAGAAGGCCGUUGGUAUUGCUAAGGGUUUGGGUAAGGCUUAUUUGACCUCUCAAUUCGGUAUUCCAUUGGAAGAUAUGCCACAAUCUGACAAGUUCUUGAAGAAGAUCUGGAAGGUUGUUCGUGAUGAACUCAAGAAGACUGGUAAGGAAUAUCUUAAGAACCUCGUUUCUGCUUCUGCUGAAUACCAAGAAGAAGCUGAUGCUGAAAUCAAAUUCAAGGAAAUUUUGCGUGCUGCUCUCCCAUAUUUGAAGGAAGGUGUUAAGGGUUAUAUUAAUAACAACUGGGACGAAGAAGCUGAUAAGAUUGAUUAUGAAAAGCUCUUCAGAAUUGCUUUGCCAUAUCUCAGAAGACAAAUUGAUUAAAUUGAUUGUUAACUUUGGUAAU